UACCAGAACUAUUAGUUCACAAAUACUGCAAGUUCAUACGUAUGUAUAUGAAAUAUUCACAAGCAACUUUAAUGUAUGACCAAUAAAAAAGCUCACAACUGGCUAGACUGCGUCACUGCUUCCUGCCUGCGAAGAGCUAUUUUAGCAUAGUGAAGCUGAGCACAGAAGAGGAAGUCUAAACCUUCUACAGAUUCGGGGCUAUGAAACGAGCAUCUCUGAAGAAACUUUGUAGUGCACAAAAGGGUUCUUAUGGGGUGCAACAACUAUUCCUAAAUUCAAUUACAACAUGAUGCCUGGAAAUCACCACCCUGAAGAAUACAGGAUUGCAUCACUGGUCUUCUACAGCUUUAUAUUCGUAGUGGGAUUGUUAGUGAAUGCCACUGCACUAUGGGUUUUCAGCUGCACUACCAAGAAGAGAACAACUAUAACUGUAUAUAUGAUCAACGUGGCACUGCUUGACAUAAUUUUUAUCUUUUCCUUGCCUUUUCGGAUAGUCUACCAUGGGAAAGAAACAUGGCCUUUUGGAGAUGCAUUCUGUCGGUUCAUCAGCGCUUUGACUGUAUUUUAUCCAGCCAUUGCUCUGUGGUUGCUUGCUUUUAUAAGCGUAGACAGAUUUAUGGCUAUUGUCCAGCCCAAGCAUGUCAAGGAACUGAAAAAUACAAAAAAAGCUCUGCUGGCUUGCACUGGAAUCUGGAUAAUGACCCUUGCAACAACUUCCCCACUGCUGUUUCUACAUUCUGAUCCAGACAAAGCCUCAAAUUCUACCACCUGCCUCAAAAUGCUUGAUAUCAUCCAUUUAAGGGAAAUAAAUAUGUUGAACUUUUCUCGAUUGAUAUUUUUCUUUUUGAUUCCCUUGGUUAUCAUGAUGGGGUGUUACCUCGUCAUUAUUUACAAUUUUAUCCGUGGCAAGACUUCCAAACUGAAGCCUAAGGCCAAGGAGAGAUCCAUAAGAAUCAUAGUUACUCUGAUUGCUCAAGUACUCGUCUGCUUUGUACCCUUCCACGUUUGCUUCGCCUUCAUGAUGUUGCAGGAUGAAGGUACAACUUACAAUCCCUGGGCAGCCUUCACCACCUUCCUCAUGAAUCUCAGUACAUGCUUGGACGUUAUACUGUACUAUAUUGUUUCUAAACAGUUCCAGGCUAGAGUCAUCAGUGUAAUCCUGUAUCGCAAUUACCUUCGAAGCGUGCGCAGGAAGAGUUUUCGAACUGCAAGUGUAAGGUCACUCAGUAAUGUGAACAGCGAAAUGAUAUAAAAAGAGAAAACUGGGGGAAUUUUGUAAUGUAAACAAGUGAUUCUUUUUCCAUAUUCUAGCAUUUUGGCUACACUGAAAAAUGUUCUACAGCCAGAAAUAACAGAUGUUUGUGGCACUGUAACUAUGAGAGAAGCAGAAUUAUAAUGGCACCUCUUCAUAUUUGCUCAACAGCUUCUGUAAAUCUGAAAUGAAUUAAAACCUAGUAGCUGUGUGAAACUGUCCACCACUUUUGUCAUCCCAAAAAAUUGUGAAUAUUGCCAGACAACAAAAAGUGACUAUUAAUGUAAUAAAACACAGACAACACUGAAAAACUGUGAUGCAAUGUAUCCUAUAUUAGUUGUUAUAUUUGCACAGCCUAACAAUCACAGAACUAUUGCAUAUCCCACACUCCUAAAAUCAGCUUCAUUCUGUCAAGAUCAGUACGUCAGUAUGAUUAAAAGAGAAUGAACACGUAGGAAACAUUUAUAUUUCUUUCACCUAAAAUUUUCUUUGACACAGAUUUCUGGUAACCGACAGCAGCUCUGGCAGUCACAGGUAAAAGCACCAGCAAAAAGUAUGGUAGUUGAACUGUUCAUUAGUUGCCUGUGGGUGUGAUGUGCACAUUUAUUACACUCUGCUCUUGCACAAAGUAUCUUUUUACACAGAUGAAAAUAUUGAAUUUGUCUAGACAUACUACUGGCUUACAUCCCAGCUAAAAACCACCAAAGUAGCAAACACGGUGAAUAACUGCAGUACUAGUCAAGCAUUAGACUCCCUUUGAAUACUCACAUACUACAAGAAAUGUAUUUUUCUAAUACCAAACAUAUGUUUUUUCUUCCUCAUUAAAUCAGCCUUUAGCUACUGUCAAGAGUCACACUAAAAAAGUAAAGAUCAGAAAAUCUAGUAUAGUGUUCAGUAUUCAAAAUCUUGCCCCAUGAGCUUUUAUUACUACCUCAGAGUAUGCAACACAUGGGAACUCAAGUCUUACGAGGCUGAUCUUGCUUGUCAGAAACUUAACCACAAAGGCUCUGCAAGCUCUACAGUUCUACCAUAGCACAUACAGCUCCUAUUAUUAACUGCAGAAAUGUCAAAUAUAGGUUACACAAAACUCAACCACUGAAUACCUUAAAGCUUUAAGAACUUCAGAUGCAAACAGUAAAUGAAAUCAUGUGCUCUAGCACUCAAGUUUUUGAAAGACACAUAUGAAAUACCUGUAUGAAAUGCAUAUAAUUGUAUAUGCAGUUAAAAAUUAACAUAAAGAUACGAAUUAGAGUUAUUUUUUUUUAUUUAAGAAAGAAAUCAGCACCAAACUGACUUCAGUUUUCAGGUUUUCUGAACAGAACAAAAAUAACUAUGGCAAUAAUUUGUGCAUUGUAAGCCACUUUCUAAUCAUGCUGACCAUAGAUCUGGGCCUAACAGAAUGGAUACAUCAUCAGGUAUUUUGGACAAGUUAACCCCAGAUCACAACUACAAAACGAAUGUUGGAAAAUGUAGUAGUUAUACCACAAACAUUUAAACUGUAGUUGAAAAGAGGACUACAUUUAGGUUACACAAAUAAAGUUUUUUAAUUAAAAUGUGCACCAAAUAUUCCCUUAAAACCAUGCCUAAAAUUACCAGCUCAUUAG